GCCCCUGUAAGAGCAGCCAGCAGCAGCAGCAGCACUCUCGAAGUCGCGGCUAGUGUUGAAGUCGCUCGUGCAGCAGUGUAUCGGUGCGUUGCUGCUUGUAGAUAGAUAAUAAUAAUAUAGGAAAAUAUACCUAGGCACGCGAUCACACACGUAGUGCGCGAGAGAGAGAAAGAGAGAGAGAGAGAAAGAUACACAUACAAUUACGUACGAUCUUUUAGUGUGUACGAGCGAGAGACAAUUCGUGUGUGACUUUUUCCGACCUGAAAUGAUCGAAGAACACGACGAGAGAGAAACAAUAUGCGAUUCGGUGAACUCACUCGUCGAAGGAUGUCGUUUGCCGGUGCGGAUGAAUGGGUCGGAAGACUGGCGUGAGUAUUCUCUCGCAGAAAUUAUCAGUAUCAAGGAAGAGCUCUUAGGCAAAAAAAGUUACUAUGUUCAUUAUGUAGACUUCAACAAAAGGCUAGACGAAUGGGUACCAGAAGACUGUCUGGACACUCGAAAAGUCCAAUUUCCACGACGAGAUGGAGCAACAGCACCGGGAACUGGCGCAGGGACUGGAGCAGCUACUCCAAAAAAGCAAGUGCCUAGCAGGCCAGCCAGCCCAUCGGUUGUACAUAGUGAGCCUGUCAAUGGAUCAGCUGUCUUGCAAGCAGCUAUUCAAAAGAAAAUGUCAAGAAAAAGAAAGGCUACUGUGAUGGAGAAUGAUGACUCACAAGAAGGUGCGCAACAAGCGACGCCAGGUGGUCCAAGACCAACUGGUUCUUUGGUUGCUCAUCAUCAUGAAGAUGUUGUCACAAGAAUGAAAAAUAUAGAAUUAAUAGAACUUGGUAGACAUAGAAUAAAACCAUGGUACUUUAGUCCUUACCCUCAAGAAAUGAUUAAUCUACAGUGUAUAUACAUUUGUGAAUUUUGUUUGAAGUACCGUAAAAGUAGGAAGUGCUUAGAAAGACAUUUAUUAAAAUGCAAUUUGCGCCAUCCUCCAGGAAAUGAAAUUUAUCGCAAAGGCACAAUUUCUUUUUUCGAAAUUGAUGGAAGGAAAAACAAGAACUAUGCACAAAAUCUUUGCCUAUUGGCUAAGUUGUUUCUAGACCACAAAACCCUUUAUUAUGAUACAGAUCCGUUUCUCUUUUAUGUGAUGACUGAACUAGAUUCUCGAGGGUUUCACAUGGUGGGCUAUUUUUCAAAAGAAAAAGAGUCCACAGAAGAUUACAAUGUGGCUUGUAUUCUUACAAUGCCACAAUUUCAAAGAAAAGGAUACGGAAGACUGCUAAUAGAAUUUUCAUAUGAACUUUCAAAAUUCGAAGGUAAAACUGGAUCACCAGAGAAACCUCUGUCUGAUUUAGGACUGCUUUCGUACAGAAGUUAUUGGGCGCACACAAUCUUAGAUAUAUUACUUAGUAUAAAACCAUCAGGUGAUAAUGAAAAACCUCAAAUUACCAUUAAUGAAAUUUGUGAACUUACUUCAAUUAAAAAAGAAGAUGUGAUUUCUACAUUGCAAAAUCUUAAUUUAAUUAAUUAUUACAAGGGACAAUACAUUGUUACUCUAAAUAAGGACAUUAUUGACCAACAUCAAACAGCCAUGGCAAGAAGAAAACUAAAAAUAGAUCCAAAAUGUUUGCAUUGGACACCAAAAGACUGGAGCAUCCGAGCCAAGUGGUAAAUGAUAAUUUAAUAGUAAACAAUAACGAGUGGAAAUUAAAUUUUACUUCUACGAGAUUGUUAAUAUAUUGAGUGACUUGAUAAAGUGACUGAGCUAAACUUGCGAAUUACAAAUUUCAGAAAUUUGAAAAUCGUUAAUUUAACCAUUUUAAAAAGACUGCGUCUGGCUUAAAUGAAAAACGGUGAAGUUUGUAUUUGAUGACCAGAUGAGACAUUUUAAUACAGUGACCAGAAGUUUUUUAAAACAACUUUCAUGGUAAUUAAUUCAUAUUACUGAAUGCCAGCCUAAGAAUCGUUGAUGAUUUUGUACAGGGACUCAUCGAUAGUGUAGAAUAAUGUAAAUAAAUGUGUUUUUAUAUUUGAAAAAAAAAACUUUCAGUUACUCGCCUGCUGAUAAAUAAUUAUUUAUCACCAUUGUAUAUAUUUAAACUUCAAAAAUUGUAGCUACAGUUGAGCAAAAAUGGCGACAUUCAAUCUGUCAGCUUCAACAAAAAAAACUAAAGUUUAUAAAGAGAAAUUGAAAAGAAA